CAAGAGCUGUGUUUGUGUUGUGUCGUGAUUGGUAUUUAAAUCCGGAAAAAGGGUCCAGCCACUACGGUUUUAUUAGUUGGCGACAAGCCAAAGCCGCAACCCCACCCCCGACGUGCUCCUCCGCCACCGCCGCCGCCGCCGACGACGACCGCCGCCUCCGCCGCGAUCUCUCGCCUCUCCUCCCUCCCUCCUCUGUACGCAGUGUACUACUACGGUACUACCGCCGCCGUAGUACUCGCUGGUGUUGGGGAGCGGCCGGAUGGAGGCGGCGGCUGCGGCUGCUGCGGCGGCGGAGGCGCACCACCACAAUCUACACGGGUGCCUGGCCGUCAGGGCGCCGGUGCCGAGGUGCUCGCUCGGCGGCGGCGGCGGGGGCGGCGCGGCGGCGAUGGGUGGAUCUUCUGAUGAAGCAUCCUGUGGGUCACCAAGAUGGAUAGGGAAGAGCCUCUCUUGCGUAUGCAUCAAGAGAAAAGGAGCCUAUGAGAGAAUAUGCAUGAACCUUACACCAGUGCAGGAAGAGAGGCUUCAGAGGCUGAGGCACCGUAUGAAGGUUUAUUUUGAUCCUUCUAGACGAGAUCAUCAGGAAGCAUUGAAAGCUCUUUGGCAUGCAACAUAUCCUGACCAAGAACUACAAGGUUUGAUUUCUGAACAGUGGAAGGACAUGGGAUGGCAAGGAAGAGACCCAUCAACUGACUUCAGAGGCGCAGGAUUCAUAUCUCUGGAGAAUCUUCUAUUCUUCGCGAAGACAUUCUCUGCCUCAUUUCAGAGGCUGCUAAAGAAACAAUGUGGCAAUCGAGCUACUUGGGAGUACCCAUUUGCAGUUGCUGGUGUAAAUAUCACAUUCAUGAUCAUGCAGAUGCUGGAUCUCCAAUCUACUAAGCCAAGAACGUUUGUUCGAGCUGUUUUUAUCCAAAUGCUGUCAGAGGAUGAGUGGGCAUUUGAUCUCCUCUACUGCGUCGCGUUCGUUGUUAUGGACAAGCAGUGGCUCGACAAGAACGCCUCCUACAUGGACUUCAAUGAGAUACUGAAGUCGACACGGACACAGCUGGAGAGGGAGCUUCUGCUGGAUGAUGUGAUGCGGAUCGAAGACAUGCCGUCAUACAGCCUGCUCUGCUAGUAGUGGCCAUACUGGUUGAACAAUCAUGAUUGAGUCAAUGGUUCUGACCUCUGAGUGUAUAGCCCCCUCCCUUUUGUUGAUUCCAGGGAAGGGAAUUUUUGAUGGCAUGUAGAGCAAUGGCCUCCUAUUGUCAUGCUGAACUUGUCCCACUGUAAACAACUCAUCUGGGCAUCACCACAAUGAAUUAGAAUUGCUAGCAUCCAAUGUCAAAGCUGGUGUUAAUCUGUCAUAUUUUACCCCAUGGAUGUAACAACAGAAUCAACGAGUGGGUAAAAUCAACUUGCAACCUCU